UUUUCACUUGCAAAAGUAGCUCUUUACUUCCUCCAACUCCAUCCUCUUUCAACGUGGAAACCAUGGUUUGUGUGUUGCUGUUCUUUGUUACUACUACUAAUACUAUAAAACAAUUCUUGAGAAACAACUGCGUCCCCCACAAUCCAGUACCUGAAAAAUCCACUGCCUCUCUCUCUCUCUCCUAACCCCCCCCCCCCAGCAAAUAUAUACCCUUCCUUCCCACAAUUCUAUGAUCACAAUCUUCUCUUUCUCUCCUACUUCUCCGCCUCCUUCAAAAUCGUCAUCAAUUUCGCGUCUUUCUUUCUCAAUUCUCUUAGAUUCUCAAUUGGGUCUUCAAAAAUGCGGAUGAGUUGCAAUGGAUGUCGAGUUCUGAGAAAAGGUUGCAGUGAAAAUUGCAGCAUCAGACCCUGUUUACAAUGGAUCAAAAGCCCAGAAUCCCAAGCCAAUGCUACUGUGUUUCUCGCUAAGUUUUAUGGUCGUGCUGGUCUCAUGAACCUCGUUAACGCAGGCCCCGAACAUCUUCGUCCAGCGAUCUUUCGCUCGUUGUUGUACGAGGCAUGCGGUCGGAUAGUGAACCCGAUUUACGGGUCUGUCGGGCUAUUAUGGUCCGGGAGCUGGCAGCUGUGUCAAGCCGCCGUGGAAAACGUCUUGAAAGGCGCGCCGAUUACGCCGAUCACGUCUGAAGCCGCGGCUAGCGGGCGGUGCCCACCGCUCAAGGCUUACGACAUACGCCACGUGUUCAAAGACGAGAACUCCGCCGCCGCGUCCAACGAAACUCAGCACCAACGAGUCAAGACCCGCUCUCGAGUGAAGCGACCCCUCGCCAAGCCCAAAUCCACCGCCAACCAAAACAACAACAUUAACACUAAGAAUACGGGAACCGAAUUCGGAUCGGAUGAACCGGGUUUGGUGGCAUGCGAUUGGACCGAGGAGGCGUUGAACCGGUCUGGAAGUCACGAUUCGACGCUGAGCCACCAGUCGGAGGCGGCGAAUGCGGUGGAAAGUGAGAGCAUUUUGUCUGCUGAGACUUCGAUCCUCUUCCGAGAUGAACCGGAAUCCAACCCGAAGCGCUUGGACCGGACCGAUGAUGUUGGUUUAGAGCUUACGCUAGGGUUCGAGCCGGUAUCAGGUGCGCAGCACGUGGUUCCGGUGAAGAAGAGAAGGAUUGAUUUGAAGGAUUUUAGUGGCUCGUCGUGCAAGAUGGAGCUGGGGCUUGAAUGCUCGGCUUGAGGACUAGUGGCUCGGCUCAGUUUUGACUCAUCGGCUUUCUGUGUUUGAUAUAAGAGAACAGAAGUACAGAACCGUUUUAUUAUUGUUGUUGUUUUUAUUUUGUAAUUUGGGUUAUUGUUAACCCCUUUGUGAAUGCGGUUGGGCCACCAAGCUUUCUUGUCA